AUGGAGGAUUUGGAUGCUUUGCUGGCAGAACUGGAGCAGAGUUCCUGUGUGCCCUUCAAGGACUGUGCAGUGCAGGGACAGAGCUCCUGCAAGGAUCCCUCCACAGCUGGGUGCCUGGAGCCCUAUGGCUAUGAGCUGCCAGCUUCAGCGGCCCUGAAGGUGCAGCAGCCUCCUCGGGCUCAGCCUCCGAGAGAGAGUUUGGAGACAGUAUACAGCCCCCCCCCCCCAGCCCCCCAGCCACUGCUCUCCUCUCCCCCACCCACGACAGCUGCCCAGCAGCUGGAUGAGCUCCUGGCUGACCUGGGCCACAUGCAGAGCAAGCUGCCAGCUGCAGGGCAGGGAGCUGGGGUGCCUGUGGAGCCAGAGUCCUCGCUGGACAACAUGCUGGGCGCCGCCUGCCACAAGCCAAUCGCCGGCAAGGUGAGCCCACGCGGGCAGCCCUUCCCCUGGGCAUCCCAGGAGCUGCCCUCACACCUCUCUGCCUCCUCACAGGUGCUCACAGCCCUGGGCAAGACCUGGCACCCCGAGCACUUCACCUGUGCCCGCUGCGGGCAGGAGAUGGAUAACCAGCCCUUCUUUGAGCGGGGCGGGCAGGCAUACUGCGAGGAGGACUACCACCAGGCCUUCUCCCCCCGCUGUGCCUACUGUGCCGGCCCCAUCCGGGAGAAAGUCCUGACAGCCCUGGACCAGACCUGGCACCCUGAGCACUUCUUCUGUGCCCACUGCGGGAAGGUGUUUGGAGACGAUGGAUUCCAUGAGCGGAAUGGGAAGCCGUACUGCCGCCAGGACUUCCUGGACAUGUUUGCCCCCAAAUGCCACGGCUGUGAGCGCCUGGUCACAGACAAUUACUUGUCGGCGCUGCAGAGCGUGUGGCACCCCGAGUGCUUUGUGUGCACGGAAUGCAUGAGGGGCUUCACGGGUGGCUCCUUCUUCGAGUUGGAGGGUCGACCCUACUGCGAGCUGCACUUCCACCAGCGGCAGGGCAGCAUCCGCCCCGUGACCGGGCGCGGCAUCACGGCCGCAGGGCGCAAGUACCACCCCGAGCACUUCAUCUGCACCUACUGCCUGGGCCGCCUGCAGAAGGGCACUGUCCGCGAGUGUGGCGACAAGAUGUACUGCCAGGCCUGCUACGACAAGCUCUUCCUCUGA